CUGUUCCACCUUUGUUCCGGUUAUGCGAUCGCUCGAAAACUCGGUCGUCGACACUACAUUCGUUCGUUGAACGCUCAAGGCUUUUACAUUGGCGGACAUCUUGAAAAAAUCACUGCCAUUUUUCCAGAACUCGUGCAUACAUUCAUUGUACUAGAGGCCCGGAACGAGUAUCGCGUAGCAUUUGCGCAAAAAGAUGGAGUAAUGAGUUGUUGCGAAUACGAGGAUCCAACAAGGCUACGAGGAAAGACCGAGCAGUUCUUAGUUCUUGAAAUCCGCUACGCGCAAAAUGUGCGAUACUUUGAAGACAUGGUGUCAGAAAUCCGCCAAAUUCUUCAAUUUUCGGCCGAUGUUCAACGAAAUGGAGAUGACAUUUUACGACGAAUGAACAUAGGGAACAGCUCCAACAUGUGUGCCCACAUACGUCGGUCAGAUUUUGUCGAGAUGAAUGUCGCAUCCGAUUUUAACGCAAGCGUUCGAGACAUUCACGAGAUUGCCAGCGAUCAGGGUUUAUCGAAUGUGUUUCUGUUUGGUGACGACGUGAAUUUCAUGGAACGUUUAGGAGAAUCACUCAUUGGAAUGGGUAAAAGAGAAAAAAGGGAAGUGAAAUAUUCUACGAAUUCCGAAGGAGUUGAUUUAUACUUGGCGUCAAGGCCUUCUGCUACCGAUACAAUUAGCGUUAUCAAAAGUGGAGGUGGUCAUACGAUGGAGCUUGGAGGUGAACAAAGUCUUCCACUUGGCCCCGGAUGCGAAUCGGAUGGCUGGUUGUCUCAAUUCAUAAAACAAAGUGAAAAUAGUAACUACAACUAUACCCUCACUUAUGAUCAUGGAAGUGUUAUGCAUAACGCACCAACGAGUGUUUUAAAGAACGGCGAACUCAUCGUAGUACCACAUGAUGUCAAGUAUAUUCAAACCCUUGGGUCUCGCAUGCUUUCAUUCUACGAUAAGCUCAUGAUAUUGGCGGCAACCACCUCCUUCCAAACGCUAGAAGACAGAUUGGUUGAAAGAAAUCCAAGCAAAACAAAAUUCGACUACACGUUGUGCCAUUACUGGAUUCAAGCACCAAUUGGUUCAACCAUUGAGAUAGUUUUUGAUAACUUUGCACAAGGUUUGGGCUAUGGCGGAUGUUCACACGCUAGAGUUGAAACUAAAACAGGAAAGGAUAAACGUUGCGCUGGCUACAGAUUCUGUGAUUCAAAGAAUGUUGGAAUAUCUUUGAUCUCUACGUACAACAUCGUCUCCGUAAGUACUUUCAACGAUAUCCACAACACUAAAGUCGUUUUACGUUGCCGAAUUGGUAAUGUACCUGCUCAGAUGCACUACAUUAAUGACAUGAAAUAUCUGCCAUUCCUCCAAGAACCAAAUGCGGAUGACACAAUGGAACUUCUCAGGAAAUUGCACAACAUGGAAGAUGAAAUCAAGGAGGAACUCAGUGCAUCUGAAAAGCCGAGUCCUGAAGUGUUGAAAGCGAUGAAGGAUUACGCAAAAACGGUACAAAAUCAGGAGGGUGGUUCAAUCCCGGAAAUCAAUGGACGCAAUAAGGUCGGCUCGGCGCUAUUCCAAGGAGACAUGAUUCUCACUAAAGAACAAGCUGAGGAGAUCAUAGAAGACGUGAAUGAGGAUAUUGCCAAACAUAAGAAACAAGGAACGCGCUCGCCCGAGUGA